CUGGAAUUGCUUUGAAAGGCAAGAUACCUUGUUUUCUUUUGUCCAUGGAGUUGCCAUUUUUUCAUGGAAAGAUAACAAGAAGAACCUGUGAAGAACUGCUGGCCAAGAAGAGAAAGAAUGGUAGCUAUUUAAUACGAGAGAGCGAGAGUGUGGAAGGAGCCUUGUGUCUGUGUAUUUUCUUUGAAAACCUUGUCUACACUUACCGUAUCUUCAGGGAGCACCAAGGAUAUUUUAGAAUACAGACUUCUGAAGGUGUUCCAGAGAGGAUCUUCAGAACGUUAAAGGACCUGAUAUAUGCUUUUGAAAAGCCAGACCAAGGACUGAUAACAAAUCUCCGCUACCCAGUGAAGAAACAGAAGGCCUCGCAAAGAAGCCAGAGGUUCAACUCAGGAAUAGACAGCGUUUAUAGUGAAAUUGAUGACGCCGAUUAUGUCACUGUCUUACCAUGAAGGAUCUGUGCCUGACGAUUUGGGAAGCUGCCAUUUCAGGCUGUGCCACAGGGCAGUGGAUCGGCUGGAGAGAGCUGCCAGCUGGGCAUCCUCUGUGGAUCUUUACCUCUGGAAUUACUCUCUUCCUUUUGCAGACUGUCAGAGCAGCUGUAUUUUCUCCCAUUAGAUCCAGUACAAGCUACUAUGUAUUUUUGCUCAGCAAUAAAAGAAUUAUUUUUUAUA